CAAGACACAACCCCACUCACCCGGCAGGGAGGCCCUCUUCGUCGGCGGAGGCCAUGGUUUCCCUCAAGCCGCAGAAGAGGCUCGCCGCGGGAGUCCUAAAAUGUGGCAAGGGGAAGGUGUGGCUUGACCCCAACGAGGUCUACGAGAUCUCGAUGGCUAACUCGCGUCAGAACAUUCGUAAGCUGGUGAAGGAUGGAUUCAUAAUUAAGAAGCCACAGAAAAUCCACUCAAGGUCCCGGGCAAGGAGGGCCCAUGAGGCCAAGCAGAAGGGGAGGCACUCUGGUUACGGUAAGCGCAGGGGUACCAGGGAGGCUAGGCUCCCCACCAAGAUCCUUUGGAUGCGCAGGAUGCGUGUCCUCAGGCGUCUGCUGCGCAAGUAUCGUGAAGCAAAGAAAAUCGACAAACACAUGUACCACGAUAUGUAUAUGAAAGUAAAAGGAAACAUGUUUAAAAAUAAGAGGGUACUCAUGGAGAGCAUCCACAAGUCAAAGGCCGAGAAGGCCAGAGAGAAGACUCUCUCGGAUCAGUUUGAGGCCAAGCGAGCCAAGAGCAAGGCUUCCCGUGAGAGAAAGAUUGCAAGGAGGGAGGAGAGAUUGGCUCAGGGCCCAAGGGAACCUGCGGCAGCACCAGUAUCAGCUACUGCUCCGUUUGCAGCUGCACCAAAGAAGGCGAAGAAGUGAAAAAGGUGGUCUUCUAGUUCUAGGACCUAAUUUUGGAGCGCCCCAACUCUUUUGCUGUUACAUAUCCAAGCUGUCAGAUAUCUGUAAUAACAUCUUAUCUCGUUUUUCAUGUUGGACAAUGUAGUAGAGUUGUUUGUCCCAAGUGUAUUUGGAACGAAUUUUCACAGAAUCUGCUUAAUGCUUCGGUGGAACCC